GAGACCUGCCUCGACAGCUGCGCCGGAAAGCUGGUCCACUCCAACCACCGCCUGAUGAGCGCCUACGUGGCGCUGAUGCCCUCCAUCAUGCAGCGCCGCGUCUCUGACUACGAGGCCAGCGUAGCCCAGGUGUCCCAGAACUCGGCCCAGGAGGGAUCAGUGGCAGCCACCUGUGUCAGCAUCGAGAGCCUCCUGCCAGUGGCCAGGUCUGUUCUGUGCCUGGCAGUGCUGGGGCUGGCGGGGGGCAUGGGGGGCACCAAGAAAGGAAUCACGCUGCCUGACCUUCCAGUUGAGGGAAUUCCCACCUGA